AUGUGCGAUGCGGCAGCUAUUCCCGAACAGAAUACCGAUGUAAGAUCGUCGAGAGAUUUCGGGGAAGAAUCCGCCGGAAAAGACACGAUAGUCCUCGAGACAACCAUAGUGGAUGAAAAGUACCUUUUGGAAGUGCCUACCUUCGAGCUUUUCAUUUCCUCUCAUUCAUCUACCAGCGCAAGACUCAGGGCUGUGAGGUGUCACGAGAUGAUGCACAUUGACGUCUUGAAUGCUUCGCUCUGGUCUUCUGAAGUAUGGGAGAUUCAUGAUGAAACGAAACAUUUGUGUUUCGGGAAUUUGUAA